UCCAGAGACUGAAACAGGAGGGGAACUAUCUUGAUGAUGAACUGCAGACUCUGGAUGUGGUUUAUCAAUUGACUUCCCUGUUAGUGGACACUGUCCCGCAGCAGGAGCCGCACUGUGAAUCUCAGCAUGGCGGACAUCAGUGGUACCGAGCGGGUCCAGCUGCAUGUCCCGGCUUUAGAGGAGCUGUGCAGCGUAUUGCAGGCAGGACUGAAGAACAAUUUUGCUGACGUUCAGGUCGGUGUUGUCGACUGUCCGGAUCUCUCCAAAGAGCCGUUCCACUUUCCUGUCAAAGGCCUGUGUGGCAAGCCCCGCAUUACUGAUGUUGGUGGAGUGCCUUACCUCGUCCCCUUGGUUCAAAGACACAAGGAAUAUGACAUGAACACCGUGGCAAAGGAGGUCCAGCUGCCGGGAGCGUUCAUCCUUGGUGCAGCAGGUGCAGCGUCCAGAGUCCUUGGAAUGAAUGCAGAGCUGAUGCCUCUUGUCCUGACGGAGGCGGAGGGACGGCCUGCGGUGAACAGCAGCUACUUCUCCUCAAUCAAUCCAGCCGACGGCCAGUGUCUGCAGGAGAGAUACAGCGAAAAGUUCUCCGACUGCAAAUUUGGGCUUCUUGGCAAUCUGUACGCUUGUGAAGGGAAGCCUGGAAAGGUUAUAGAGGUGCGAGCCAAACAGAGAACAGGGGACAGCAGCCUCGUUGGGGCCUUGAGGAAGACACUUGAAGGUCACUACCCUGACAAAAGCCUGGCUCUGGGAGGCACCUUCAUCAUCCAGAAGGGGAAAGCUAAAAUCCACAUCAUGCCGAGAGAGUUCUCAGCCUGUCCCCUCAACACCAACGACGAUGUCAACAACUGGCUCAAACACUUUGAAGUCAGUGCGCCGCUGAUCUGCCAGUCUGUGCUUGUAUCCAGAGACCCUGGUUUGGAUCUGCGCGUGGAGCACACCCACUGCUUCAGCCAUCACGGAGAAGGUGGCCAUUACUACAUCGACACCACACCCGACAGUGUGGAGUACCUGGGCUACUUCAUGCCUGCUGAGUUUGUCUUCCGCAUCGACAGGCCGAAGGAGACGCAUGGCGUCGGACGAGACUGAAAAAACACACACAAUCAUGUUAGCAGCAUUUCUUGAUUAUGUUAGUCGACAAGGGAUGAAGUAUGAAGCAUGUGAUCUAUAUUAGGUUACAUGUGUGGUAAAUUGCAGAGUUUCAUUUUACAAGUGCCUAAGAUGAAUCACAGUUUGAAAAAUUUGUAGUCAUCUUUGUACCUAAAUCAGAUUUCACCUGUGUUGCAUAUCAUAACAUAAAAUUCACUGAAGUAUAUCACAUAAAUAUGGUGUGGAGUUUCUUUUAAGUGUUUUGUGAUUGUUUUGGAGAUGGACUGAGUGAAGAUGUCAUUGUUGCAGCAUCCAGUACUGUCACCCUAAACUGGAUGUCUGAACACUAUGAAAUGAGAAGAGAAGAGAAUUAAGGAGAAUUGCCUAAAAACCCUCAAGGAGCUUGAAAAGUGGCAUUCUCCAGGCAGUAUAUUACAGUAUAAAGUAUAUACAAUUUAUGUGUACCUACCAAUUUUUAAGAAGGCAAAAGAAAAAGAAAAAAAUGUGCAUAAUGUGCAUUGUGUGAAACAGUGGCAGUAAUACCUGCACAGUUUUUAUAGGACAGAAAUAUCACAUCUAAUAUGUAAUAUAAGUGUAACAGGCUCAGGUGACACUGACACUUUUUCACUUGUUUAUUUUUCUAACUUCAAAGAUCACAUUUGCUAGAAAAACAUCAGGAACUCUGGCUGAUAUUUUUUCACCACUAAAGGAGAAUUACAUCAUAGCU